ACCACCUGGAGGUGGCGGGGGGGUUUGAUUUCUAUCACCCCUAGGGAGAGAGGAUCGGGGACCCGCUGAUCUUCCAGCUCCCCUCACCCAACGUCGUGCACGCUGCAGACAGAGCUUUCUAUCCUUCAUGAACACACGUGUGGUAGACAGAUGACUGGCCUCCACCUGGUGCUGCUCUAGGUGUGCCAGACGUGGAGCCGUCCAGCUGGGAGAAGAUGGAUUCCAAAGAUGAAAGCUCGCAUGUGUGGCCUUCGCCUGCAGACCAUGAACAGAAUGCCACACAGGUGCACUUUGUUCCGGACACUGGAACAGUGGCUCAGAUCGUCUACACUGAUGACCAGGUUCGCCCACCCCAGCAGGUGGUGUACACGGCAGAUGGUGCCUCCUACACAUCAGUGGAUGGUCCAGAGCACACGCUGGUGUACAUCCACCCGGUGGAAGCUGCGCAGACUCUGUUUACAGAUCCAGGCCAGGUAGCUUACGUCCAACAGGAUGCUACAGCUCAGCAGGCCUCAUUGCCAGUGCAUAACCAGGUGCUGCCUUCAAUCGAGAGUGUGGAUGGGUCCGAUCCUUUGGCAACUCUGCAGACCCCUCUAGAUAGACUGGAGGCGAAAGAGGAAGAGGAUGAGGAUGAGGAUGAGGACACUGAGGAAGAAGAGGAAGAAGACGGUGAGGACACAGAUCUGGAUGACUGGGAGCCAGACCCGCCCCGGCCCUUCGACCCGCACGACUUAUGGUGUGAGGAGUGCAAUAACGCGCAUUCUUCGGUGUGCCCGAAGCACGGCCCCUUGCACCCGAUCCCCAACCGGCCGGUGCUCACCCGUGCAAGGGCGAGCCUCCCCCUGGUGCUCUACAUAGACAGGUUUCUGGGCGGGGUGUUCUCCAAGCGGCGCAUCCCCAAGCGCACACAGUUUGGGCCCGUGGAGGGGCCUCUCGUCAGGGGCUCGGAGCUGAAAGACUGUUACAUUCACCUCAAGGUUUCUCUUGAUAAAGGGGACAGAAAAGACAGGGAUUUGCAUGAAGACCUGUGGUUCGAGUUGUCUGAUGAGACGCUUUGUAACUGGAUGAUGUUUGUACGGCCAGCCCAGAAUCACCUGGAGCAGAACCUUGUGGCUUACCAGUAUGGCCACCAUGUGUAUUAUACAACCAUAAAAAAUGUGGAGCCCAAGCAGGAACUGAAGGUGUGGUACGCCGCAUCCUAUGCUGAGUUCGUGAACCAGAAAAUUCAUGACAUUUCUGAGGAAGAAAGGAAAGUUCUUCGAGAGCAAGAGAAGAAUUGGCCCUGCUAUGAAUGUAACCGCCGAUUUAUAAGCUCAGAGCAGUUACAACAGCACCUCAAUUCUCAUGAUGAGAAACUAGAUGUGUUUAGCAGAACAAGAGGCAGAGGAAGGGGACGAGGCAAGAGGCGAUUUGGUCCAGGUCGACGACCGGGGCGUCCUCCAAAAUUUAUCCGCCUGGAAAUCACCAGCGAAAAUGGGGAAAAGAGUGAUGAUGGGACACAGGACUUGCUACAUUUUCCCACAAAGGAGCAAUUUGAUGAGGCUGAACCAGCCACUCUGAAUGGGCUGGAUCAACCAGAACAGACCACUAUCCCAAUCCCUCAGCUGCCACAAGACACCCAGUCUCCCCUGGAACAUGAACCGGAAACUCACACCCUGCAUCUGCAGCCACAGCACGAAGAGAGCAUGGUGCCCACCCAGAGCACGCUGACAGCCGACGACAUGCGCAGAGCCAAGCGCAUCCGAAAUGCAGCUCUUCAGCAUCUGUUUAUUCGGAAGUCCUUCCGGCCUUUUAAAUGCUUGCAGUGUGGGAAGGCCUUCCGGGAAAAGGACAAACUGGACCAGCACUUGCGUUUCCAUGGGCGGGAGGGGAACUGCCCAUUGACCUGUGAUCUCUGUAACAAGGGCUUCAUCAGCAGCGCAUCCUUGGAGAGCCACAUGAAGCUCCACUCAGACCAGAAGACUUACUCUUGCAUUUUUUGCCCAGAAUCCUUUGACCGCCUUGAUUUGUUGAAAGAUCAUGUGGCCAUUCAUAUUAAUGAUGGCUACUUCACCUGCCCAACUUGUAAGAAACGGUUCCCAGAUUUUAUCCAGGUGAAAAAACACGUGCGCAGCUUCCACUCCGAAAAGAUCUACCAGUGCACAGAGUGCGACAAGGCCUUCUGUCGCCCGGACAAACUGCGACUCCACAUGCUCCGGCAUUCGGACCGCAAAGACUUCCUGUGUUCCACUUGUGGGAAGCAAUUUAAGCGAAAAGACAAACUUCGGGAACACAUGCAGAGGAUGCAUAAUCCUGAGAGGGAGGCCAAGAAAGCCGACCGCAUCAGCCGCUCCAAGACGUUCAAGCCUCGCAUCACGUCCACAGACUACGACAGCUUCACGUUCAAGUGCCGCCUGUGCAUGAUGGGUUUCCGGCGGCGCGGCAUGCUGGUAAAUCACUUAUCAAAGAGACAUCCAGACAUGAAGAUAGAAGAGGUGCCAGAGUUAACUCUACCCAUCAUAAAACCCAAUCGUGAUUACUUUUGUCAGUAUUGCGAUAAGGUUUAUAAAAGUGCCAGCAAGCGCAAAGCCCACAUUCUGAAGAACCACCCAGGAGCAGAGUUGCCACCGAGCAUUCGGAAACUCCGGCCCGCCGGUCCUGGAGAGCCAGACCCCAUGCUGAGCACACACACCCAGCUGACAGGCACCAUCGCCACCCCUCCCGUCUGCUGUCCCCACUGCUCCAAGCAGUACAGUAGCAAGACCAAAAUGGUCCAGCACAUUCGAAAGAAGCAUCCAGAGUUCGCCCAGCUCUCCAACACCAUACACACACCACUGACGACAGCUGUGAUCAGUGCCACCCCAGCAGUUUUAACUACAGACAGCGCCACUGGAGAGACUGUGGUGACGACGGACCUGCUCACCCAAGCAAUGACAGAACUGUCCCAGACCUUAACGACAGACUACCGAACACCGCAGGGGGAUUACCAGAGAAUUCAGUACAUCCCUGUGUCGCAGUCGGCAUCUGGCCUCCAGCAGCCUCAGCACAUACAGCUUCAAGUGGUGCAGGUGGCCCCGGCCACCUCCCCUCACCAGUCACAGCAGUCCACUGUGGAUGUCGGCCAGCUCCACGAUCCUCAGCCCUACCCCCAGCAUGCCAUCCAGGUGCAGCACAUCCAGGUCAGCGAGCCCACCGCCUCGGCCCCGUCCUCGGCCCAGGUAUCUGCGCAGCCAUUGAGUCCCUCAGCCCAACAGGCUCAGCAGGGACUCAGCCCCUCCCACAUCCAGGGCAGUUCUUCCACGCAGGGCCAGGCUCUGCAGCAGCAGCAGCAGCAGCAGCAGAAUUCCUCUGUGCAGCACACGUACCUGCCCAGCACUUGGAAUUCCUUCCGUGGCUAUUCAUCUGAGAUUCAAAUGAUGACGCUUCCCCCAGGUCAGUUCGUGAUUACAGACAGUGGUGUGGCAACCCCAGUUACUACUGGCCAGGUGAAGGCGGUUACUCCGGGUCAUUAUGUGUUAUCAGAAAGUCAACCAGAAUUGGAAGAAAAGCAGACUUCUGCCCUUUCUGGCGGAGUCCAGGUCCAGCCAGCUGCACACAGUGACUCCUUGGACCCCCAGCCCACCAGCCAGCAGCAGACCACACAGUACAUCAUCACCACCACCACCAAUGGGAACGGAAGCAGCGAAGUGCACAUCACCAAACCGUGACUUCUGCCCUGGAGCUCGAAUCCAGCACCCACCUCAUGUCUGUUCGGACAUGAGUUUCAUAAGUCUGAAAGCUCUGACACUUAGAACUCUUUUGUAAGAUUUAUUAUUCCCUCAAGAGUUUGGAAACAGCAGUUUCGUCUCUCAUCCAUACACUGGGGUUUAUUUUGCCAAGGUCAUCUUUAUCAAACUCACUCUUCAAACCCUCAGUUUUUGCCACGGAAUGGAGGUCUUUCAGGGAAAAGUAGAUUACGAGAUGGAGAGAAUUGGACUUGCUCUUGAGUUGUUUUCUUAACACGCUGACAAGCCUUACUUUUCCUUUGUGGAAAUACUAAGUGGCGUAUUCAUACCAAAGGUGGAGAAAGGAUGUGCCAAGUCCGUGGUUACUGGACUUCUUAUUCCAAGCUCUGGCACCGAAGGAGAAGGGGCAUUUUGUGGGUGUGUAUUAGGUCUGAACUGCUUUAUCUUGUGAGUUUUAGUUUUCAGUCAUUUCCAAAGGGAGCCUGUCGAAUAAGCAAAUAAAAAUGAUGAAACAAAAGUUGGACAGUGAUGUUCUGAAGGAAUAACUGUCAUCCAAAUUUUUCUUAUUGCUGAUUUUUUUUAACUUCCCUAUUUUAGAAAACUACUGUUGGGCUGUUGGUAGUGCUUUCCACAGAUGCUGGUCCUCAGUGAAUUAGGUCAGAAGCUGACGUUCUGAUAGUUCUUCAUUAUUUCACAAAGGUGGACUCCCUGAAAGAGAAAAGGCUGCUUGAAGUCAGCAGAAUCUAAACCCCUACAUUCUAGCUUUGCCUCCCAUUCUCUGGUUGUGGUGGUGGUAAGAAAGAGAUAUUGGUACCAAGAAAAAUGACCAAAACUAUUGAGAGAGAGAGUAUUGAAAUUUUGUUCUGCCUUGCAGGAUUCUUUUAUCAUUCAUUGGUAAAGGAUGCAUUCCUGUUCUUACCAAGUGUACAUUUAACUCUUGCUGACAGUGUUCAGUGUAUUUUAGUACUUUUAUGCUGUCUUAAAAUGAACAUUCUUUAAAGUUGGCUGGAAAGGUGGCAUUUCUUAUUUCUUAACACUUUUAACAGUAAACAUAUUGUGACUCAUCUGGACUUUUUAAUAAGAUGAUCAACUUCACACUUAGGGAAAAAUUAAAAUGUGGGAACCACUUACAAUAAUUAAGAUAGUUAAAAGGGAUCUGGAAGAAAUCCAGUCUUUAUGAAUAUACUGUUAGUUGGGCAUUAAAAAAACCAGUAUAUAUUUUAACAACUUUUUGUGACACAGUACACAUUUCUAGAAUAAUUAUUGCAUGGUAGAAUUUAUUACUCCAGAACAGAAAGACCUUACUUCAUUUCAAAUGAAGUUCACUAAUUAAUUUACAUUUCUGGAUAAAAGCUGGUUUUUUUUGUUUUUUGU